AUGGGAAUAAAUCUGGCAAAUCUCGUGGGAUUGAGGGCUCGGUCUUCGUCGAAGCAAGCUUCCCCUGAUUUGCAAGACGAGGAGGAGGAGUGCAGGCCUUGGCGUCGCCGCUUAACCAUGUCUUUCUCCUGGGCUUCCGCCCUCAGGAUCACCAUCCUCCUCCUCCUCCUGGCCGCCGUCAUCACCGCAUGCUUCACUCUCCCAAUCGAGAAGAUGAUGAAGGACUUCUUAUUAUGGGUCGAUCACGAUCUCGGGCCGUGGGGGCCACUCGUUCUGGCUGUUGCUUACAUUCCUUUGACUGUCUUGGCAGUUCCAGCUUCCGUGCUUACUCUUGGUGGUGGUUAUCUUUUUGGGCUUCCAGUCGGUUUUGUUGCUGAUUCUAUAGGUGCAACUAUUGGUGCGGGAGCUGCAUUUCUUCUUGGUAGAACAAUUGGGAGGUCAUUUGUUGUUUCUAGGUUAAAGGAUUAUCCACAAUUCAGAUCGGUGGCAAUUGCGAUUCGAAGAUCAGGCUUUAAGAUUGUAAUACUCCUUCGGCUUGUUCCACUACUACCAUUUAACAUGUUAAAUUAUCUCUUGUCCGUGACUCCUGUUUCGGUAGGGGAAUACAUGCUGGCUUCCUGGUUAGGAAUGAUGCCAAUAACAUUGGCACUGGUAUAUGUUGGAACAACUCUAAAAGAUCUUUCCGAUGUGACACAUGGUUGGGGCGAGUUCUCCAAGACUCGUUGGGCUUUUAUUGUUCUUGGUCUUGUGAUAUCUGUGAUUCUGAUGAUAUGUGUCACUAAAGUUGCCAAAUCUGCCCUAGAUAAAGCCUUGGCUGAAAACGAAGAUAUUGAUGAUAUUACUAUCUUGCCAGAGUUACCAAUUGUUGCUGAACCAUCACCAGAUCUCAACCAACCUCUCGUAAUUAAGAUAGAUUCUGCAGAACAUGAAAAGUAA